AGCGUCACGGGCGCUGCUGCAGGGAGGGGCUCCACUUUGCUCGAGCGCAGCAGCAGCAGCAGCACUUCUGUGGAUGAAGCGAGCGUUGCGCUAAACGCCAACGUGAGUCAGCUGAGCAUCCCCGCGCGCCGUGCCGAACCGAACCUCAUCAACAUCAUCACCUCAAAGAUGCGGCUAUACAGAAAACUCUGGAGAUCCUGAAGAAUCCGCGCGAGCUUGUUGACGCAUAAUCGCUCCCGCCCCGCUGGCACAGGGAGGGGGGUAAAUCCAGCCUGCCUAAACUCAAAUCCUUCAGAAGAUUUACCGGAGCUGCCGCUGCGGAUCCAACCUUCCAGAAGACACCAUUUAAUUACUUUCUAUCAAUUUUUUGGGAGAUAUUUUUUUAAAAUUAAAAAACCCAUCGGAUAAACCCAUUUGGUUGCUGGAAUCGACUGCGCACUGUGAGGACAUCUUCUUCCAUCAUCAUCAUCACCAUCAUCCCUGUGACUUGAUCCUGAUCGCUUUCAUUGCCCCGGAGGUCUGGAGCCAUGACAGGCCCCCCGCUGGUUCCACUAGCCUCCUGCUGACGGCACCGGGGCAGGAUGGGAGCAGGUCUGCCGCUUUCAGGAGCCCAAACCAGCCGAUUUAUCAAUGGAGGAGGAGAGUGACACUCGGAAAAUCAACAACAGCUUCCUUCGCGACCACAACUAUGCAACCGAAGCUGACAUUAUCUCAACUGUGGAGUUUAACUCAACAGGGGAGCUCUUGGCCACCGGGGAUAAGGGAGGUAGAGUGGUUGUCUUCCAGAGGGAGCAGGAGAGUAAGUCACAGCCCCAUCGACGAGGGGAGUACAAUGUUUACAGCACAUUCCAGAGUCACGAGCCUGAGUUUGACUACCUGAAGAGCCUGGAAAUUGAAGAGAAGAUCAAUAAAAUUAAAUGGCUUCCUCAGCAGAAUGCAGCAUACUUCCUGCUCUCCACCAACGACAAGACUGUGAAGCUGUGGAAGAUCAGCGAAAGGGACAAGCGCCCGGAAGGUUACAACCUGAAGGAUGAGGAUGGGAGAAUCCGGGACCCGUCAACCAUCACCUCACUACGGGUGCCAGUGCUGCAGCCGAUGGAUUUGAUGGUUGAGGCUACGGCCAGACGGAUAUUCAGCAACGCCCACACGUACCACAUUAACUCCAUCUCUGUCAACUCAGACCUACAGACCUUUAUCUCCACUGAUGACCUUCGGGUGAACCUAUGGAACCUGGAAAUCACGGACCGCAGCUUCAAUAUUGUGGACAUCAAGCCAGCCAAUAUGGAGGAGCUGACUGAGGUGAUCACCUCAGCUGAGUUUCAUCCCCAGCAGUGUCACACCUUUGCCUACAGUAGCAGCAAAGGCUCAAUCCGCCUCUGUGACAUGAGACUGGCCGCCCUCUGUGACAAGCACUGCAAAUACUUUGAAGAACCAGAGGAUCCAGCAACACGCUCUUUUUUCUCUGAAAUCAUCUCAUCCAUCUCAGACGUUAAGUUCAGCCACAAUGGACGCUACCUGAUGACGAGGGACUACCUCACCGUCAAGGUGUGGGACCUACAAAUGGAGAACAAACCCGUUGAGACCUACCAGGUUCAUGACUAUCUACGAGGCAAACUUUGUUCGCUGUAUGAGAACGACUGCAUCUUCGACAAGUUCGAGUGUGUCUGGAACGGCUCAGACAGUGUCAUCAUGACUGGAUCCUACAACAACUUCUUCCGGAUGUUUGACCGGAACACAAAGCGGGACGUCACACUGGAAGCAUCCAGAGAGAACAGUAAACCGCGAGCUAUUCUGAAGCCUCGCAAGGUGUGUGUAGGAGGAAAACGCCGUAAGGAUGAGAUCAGCGUGGACAGCCUGGACUUUAGCAAAAAGAUCCUUCACACAACAUGGCACCCGCACGAAAACAUCAUUGCUGUAGCCGCCACCAACAACCUCUACAUCUUCCAGGACAAGGUGAACUAAAAAGGCCUUGCUCAGAGUUGUCUAUCCAGUGACUGAAGACGAACAGCAUGGAUGACAGGAAGCACUGAGCAGAUACCAUGUGGAGAAAACUCUUCACUUCACCAUUUGAAUUCCGGCUCAUUUUGCCGCAUGGAUACCUAAAGGACGGAAUCCAGGAAAUUUAUGCAACCGGAGGAUUGCUGCAUGAAUUGUGUCAUGGAGCAGCCCUCUUCAGAAAAAGGGUGGAUAUGGAAAGACACAGAGAAACCCAGCUACCAUGACGACGACUCUGUCAUGAAGCAACAGUGCCCCCUAUUUUUUCAGCCUGCUCAUGCUUCGGCGCAUGUGAUGAACCCUGCAGCCUCGGAGGUGAAGUCGGACAGCCCCAACCUGCUGGCUUUCAAUCCCGCUUUUUCAAGCCUCGUUUGUACCAGUUUUUGUGUCUCCUUGUCGAGACGGAUGUGGUCAGUAAUGUGAACGAAACCCUUCCAGGUUGUGUCAAUUGUUUUAUUUAAUGCUGUAGUUUCGUUGAGUCCUUCUCUCGGUCAUUGAGUCUGUUUAGAAGCUGUGGUGCCUUCUUUUGGUGUGUGGGUUCGAUGUCGUAGGACUGGGCAGGGGAGGAAGGAAGGGACUGUGUGAAUGUUUUAAAAAAAAAGUUAACUUUGGACUUUUCUUCUUUUUUUUCAUCUUUAAGGGAAAAGCUAAAAAAAAAGCUUCAGAGAAGAAAAGCAGCUUGAAGCAACGUAGUCGAGAUUUCCUAUAGCACCUGAUUACAUGCUUUUGAGCUCAGGUGGUUUGUACAAAGCUAAAUACAGUCUGUCUGAUGUCACCAGUUUGCAAAAGACAUGAAAAUAUUGUUUUGCAAAGUUGUUUAAAAUAAAAAAAUAAAAAAUCCUAGCCACACGUUUGUAUAGUGCUGAAAAUGAUCUGCAAACGGAACAAUCUCAAAACGGAUCCGAUCAAACUGUUCAACCUCACUUGCAAAUUACAGUGUUAGAAAAGCACCUUUCCUGCAUGCGGCUGAUGUGGCUCCGACUCACCUGUCAGCCUGCAUACGGUCCACAAACAUCUACAGAUUAUUUGAGGCGCUAUGCAGCGGGGUUGUCUCGACUCUAAUGUCGGUCUCAGAUUCGUCACAGGAGCCAACUCUCCCAAAGCAAGGCAGUCAAAGGUCUAACUGAACUCUCUGAAAUCAGGGAAUGAGUAAGUGUGAUUUCUUUAACUGUAAUAUCUUCUAAACAACCUCCUUUGUGACUCUAUCAUUGAAAAAAAAAAUCUUUUAUAGCUCAGAAUGUAUUGAAAUGCAAUGAAAUACCAUGCAGUCUUUAUGCUUACUGGACUUUCUUUGAAUAAAAAAAUAAAUAAAGAUGUGCAAGCUUA